UUAACGGUUCUGAGCUGAGCUUAACAACCUACUAAAAAUGAACUGCACAGCAACCACCGCCGCCGCCACCGCCGAUCUGGCGCUGCUGAGCUCAGCUGCCUCCGUUUCCGCCGCAAGAGAGCUCAAGCUCUCUUCGAGAAGCUCUCCGCUGGUUAAGUUCGCCGCGAAGAGGCUCACAGUGUCCUGCGCUGCGGCUUCUUCGCCUCCGCAUUUGGGGAGGCGAGGGCUAAUGUAUUUGGCUGCGACGUCGUUUCUGAUUCCUCUCCCCAAACAAGCAGCUAUUGCUGCUGCUGAUGAAAAGUCCCUGCUGCAAGAAGAGAUCAGGAAGGUUAUGACCAAGAAUAAGGCUCCUGGUUUCCUUCGUUUAGUUUUUCAUGAUGCUGGAACUUUCGACGAGGGUGAUAAAACAGGUGGUAUGAAUGGAUCAAUAGUUUAUGAACUCGACAGACCUGAAAAUGCAGGUCUUCAAAAGACAGUGAAGAUUCUGGAGAAAGUGAAAGAAGAGUUGGAAUCAGUACGACCAGUAUCCUGGGCAGAUCUGAUAGCUGUGGCUGGAGCAGAGGCUGUUUUGAUAUGUGGAGGUCCAGAGAUCCCUGUUCGACUGGGAAGAAUAGAUGCAACGGUACCUGAUCCCACUGGGAGGCUCCCUGAAGAGACGCUCGAUGCAAAGAACAUGAAGAAAAGUUUUCAAAACAAAGGCUUCUCAGCCCAGGAACUCGUUGCUCUAUCCGGAGCUCAUACUAUAGGAGGCAAAGGAUUUGGAAGUCCAGUAGUGUUCGACAACUCUUACUACAAAAUCCUUGCAAAGAAAUCAGGGUCAUCUUCAGGCGGCAUGUCCAGCAUGGUUGGCCUUCCCUCGGACAAGGCACUAGCUGCCGAUGAUGAAUGCUACGGGUGGAUCUCAAAGUAUGCAGAGGAUCAAAACCUCUUUUUCGAAGAUUUCAAGAAAGUCUACACCAAGCUAGUGGACACCGGUGCAAACUGGAGCUCUGCAUGAGCUGAGACGAGCACUGGUUUGUUAUCGCUUCUAGUUUAGUUUGUAGCAUUGUGUUCGUAUUGUAGUAUCAACAUAAAGUAGACAAAAUAAACGAGUUCAUGUCCCACCAACGUGCAGUAGAUGCCGGCUAACAAGCCGGGCUCGACACCAUCUCUCUUUUCAAUGAAUAAGCUCAGAUGAGAGCAUGAGCAGACCCCCACCCUCAGAGGAUGGUUGAAACAUCAUCUUGAGGGCCCUUGUUCCCCUCUCUGUCUAGACAGUUGCAUUUAAGUCUUAGAAAUGAUUUGUGUUUUGGACCACUCUGAGAGAGAGAGAGAGUGUGUGUUGUGUGUGUUUUCCUUCCAUUGUAUGUGGUGAAGUUGCUGUGAGAUACUGAGAAUUUAACUCUAUGUUGAGUCAAAUCGGAUAUGAAUAAUAAUACCACGUAAUAAUAAUUCAGUGACAGUAGCAUACUA